CACGCCAUUUACAACUACACGUUUUUUUCUGGCACCAGCCAAUUCACUUCCACCAUCUAACUUCACUAUUAUACGAUAGUCCCUUUCAGAUCAACAUGCCAAUCACUACGCAAACAUUCAAAGAGGUACCGCCGGAGCUUAUAACGCUGCUGCUGCGCUUCCUCCCCGAAUCAUUAACGAUCCUCCGACGCCUGCAAUUCAUCAAGAUAACCACCAUUCAGAGACCCCAUGGCCAAAUCAUAUUCUGCUCCUCUGACGGUCCCCUCUCAGAUACCUCUGCCAACACCAUCAAUUCGUUUACCGUCAGCUAUCUAGACAUUGCCGGCGGUCCGGACACGCAAAUGUGGCUCUUUUCUACGCUCCAAUGCCGGCCCAGCGACUCUCAGGAAACGGAGCAGUGCAAGGAACAGCUGGAUGCGCUGGUGCAGCAAGUAAACGGAAUCAACAAGGCAUACGGCAAGCCUCUACACUACGGUGACUCGGUUGUCCUGGGCAGUCUGGAGAGCCAUGUGCGUGCCGUAUUUCAGAUCGAGAAGCUCCUCACGCCUCGUCCAAGCGGCAACUACGAUAAGUGGGUUCUGAAUCUGGACGAUAUCCCAGCUAGCGAUGAUGCACUUCCCGAGGGCAUGGUUUGGGGAACAGGCUCCUUGGACGACUGCAAGCUUGUGGCGUCGCGAACAGAUAUUCCGCGUCCUCCCGAAUUUCUGGUCCAACUGCAAAAUUACUUUAUCAAGUUGGAGGACGGUACACCUGUGGCAUGGGCUUUUCUAGGAAGCGAGGCGACUCUGAUUAGUGUGCACUGCGAGGAACCGUAUAGACGCCGUGGCCUGGCAAAGCUCAUCUCCAUUAAGCUGCUUCGCGACAAGGUAGCCGUGUUUGGUCCUGGUGGCUUGUCGUCUGCGGAUGUCGCAGCAAGCAAUACCGCCAGUCGUGCUCUGUGCAAGGGCCUGGGAGGAUAUCCCACAAGCGUUGUUUCUUGGGUCAUGCUCAAGGUGGAAUAAGUACAAUAACAUCCUUUCAUUUUCAAUAGACUCGUAAAAUAGAUGGUAUGAAUACAUGGACAGAUUACUCUGUAAAGAGUGUGCUCAAAUAUGCUUUGCAGUCCUCGGCAUCCUUGGCAACGUAGCCAAUGUACAUAUCAGGCCGGACGACAACCAUGGCGCAAUCAGCCUCUUGAAUCCAGUCCCCUGUGAACUGAGUAGCAUCUGAUCCAGACUUUUGCACAUCAAUAGUGGUGACAUACUUAUCGAAUCCAGUCGCUUCCACGGCGGGCAGUCCGACGUUGAGCACCAGAUAUUUGCCAUACUGGACUUCUUUAUAGAGCCAGGUUUCCUUCUUAUCGUCCGACACCAUCGGAACAUCUGGGCAUCGGAAUCCAGCUUUCCAGAUACCAGCUUCCGACGCCUUGACUAUCGGGGAGCCACUCUGAUCAUAUGCCACGCCCAUACCAGUAAUGUAGCCUGCGUUCCUCUGAAUAGUAGCAACGUACGUCUUGGCUUCCUUGACUGUAUCGCGAACAAGAGCAGCAGCGACAUCGAUGACGCCUUGUGCGGUGCUGCGUCGUUCCGUAUCAUAGCUGCGGACAAUAUCGCCAAGAGCUUUUUCUUGAAUGCCCGAGCUGUCCAGGGCCAUUGCUAGUCGCCACGACAGACUAAAUGCAUCGGCAAUGCCAGUGUUUAGUCCCUGUCCUCCAUUGACGGAAUGGACAUGAGCAGCGUCACCUCCCAAGAAGACCCGUCCGCUACCAUCUUUUGAUAUAAA